AUGGGUUCACAGAACUCCUUCGCACCGUCCAAUAUAUCCCGAACUUCCAUCUCCUACCUCCUAUCCCUUUAUCCACACACCAUCAGUGAAUUCUACAAGGCCAAAUUGGUUGCUAAAUCAACGUCAAAAAGGUCUUUGCCAAAGGGAAAGAGUGAAGAAGCUAUUGGAAAGGAAGUGGAAGCCUUUUUGAAGCUAGAUCGACUACGUUACGACUCGAUACCAGCAGCACUGAGAGAUAGGGCUGUAGCUGGCACUGGGCUAAAGGACGAAAGCAAAGCGGGGGGGAACGUGAAAAGACCCAAGAAGAAAGUAAAGGCGUCCAAGAACGACGACGACAAUUCGUCCGUUUCGGGUCUUUAUUUAGAAAAGGAUGAAAUUGUCAAUCUUAUGGACUGGAAGCUCAAGCACGGCUCCUAUAGACCAGCCCUAAUGGGCUUGAUUCGCUCCAACGAAAACUCCCUCGUGCAGUCCACCACAAACACUGCCUUCUCACAGCUCCAGGACACUCUAUCAAAUGCCGGAGACGAAACGUUCCCCGCCGCUCCGCUCGAGACACUAACAGGUCCCCUUCGAGGUGUGGGUCCUGCCACUGCAUCUCUUUUCCUUUCCAUUGCUCCAUACGGAAUUUCAUCAGAUGAUCCGUCCAGCGGCGUAAAUAAUUUAAAUGCACCUCCAUUCUUCAGUGAUGAGCUGUUCAAUUGGCUGUGUCUAGAUAAGUACAAGCACGGCUACGCUAGCGACGGCAGCGGUGCGAAAUCGUCAGUGACAGCAGUGCAUAAGAUUAAGUAUAAUAUGAAAGAAUACCAACAGCUGUGGGAAGCUGCGAGGGGGCUCAGGAAGAGGAUUAAUCAACUUCCUGAGCAAAAGGAAGGAGUUGAGAGCGUGGAGGGUGAUGGAAGAAUCUUCUCCGUGUUGGAUAUUGAGAAAGUGGCUUUUGUGAUUGGCCAUCUUGACAUUUCGGGGUAUGAGGACGGCAUUAAACGGUCAUCGGUGAUGAAGGCUUCAGGAGAUAGUGGAGGCGAUGAUACUGUUGCAGCAGGUGCAGCAGUUGAUAGUACUGGUGUGGUGGGAAGGAGGAAAAGGAAAAGGGGAUAG